CCCAUGUUCUAUUCUUUCCGUAUUCUCUCUCUAUCUCUCUCCGGAAACAAAACGUCGAAAGCUGCCCGGAUUUUACUGAAAUCGCACAAUCUCAGAGGCCAAAACCCUCGCCCCCCAACAUCACACCGCCGGCGAUCUCCUCCUCCUCCUCCUCCUCCGAUGGAUCUCUCGGCCGUCCACGCCGCGCUCUCUGCCAAGUCCUACUCCGCCAUCGCCACACUCUGCGACGACCUCUUCCUCCAGGUUGCGUCCCGGGGCGUCGCCACCGACGACUGGCCUUACGCCGUUCAUCUCCUCGGCCAUCUCUAUCUCAACGACCUGAACAGCGCGAGGUUUCUGUGGAAAACGGUGCCGCAGGAGGUGAAGGACGCUCAUCCGGAGCUGGGCGCCAUCUGGAAGAUUGGCCAGUGCCUCUGGAACCGUGACUACGCUGGGGUCUAUACUUCCGCACAGGGGUUCGAGUGGGGGCCUGAAAUCUCUGAUUUUGUGACCGCCUUCCUAGAAAGCUACAGAAAGAGGAUAUUCGAGCUGUUGACUUCUGCGUAUACCACAAUCAGCAUUGCAGAUGUGGCUCACUUCAUGGGGAUGAGCGAGGAGGAUGCUACUAACUAUGCCGUGCAAAAUGGUUGGAGUUUGGAUGUGGCAACCAAGAUGCUUACUGUCAGAAAACAAAAGCCCCAGACUAACCAGAAGCUUGAUGCAAGCAAACUGCAGCGUUUGACCGAAUGUGUUUUCUAUUAAUCGUACAUGGUGGUAGCUUAAUACUGUACGGCUAGAUUGUGUUUUGGAUGGAAAGGAGAGAUCGCUCUGUACUGAAUAUGCGUCUUCUGGUUAAGCGAGCUUGCCAUUCCUGUCUCGUUUGCUUGCUAGCAAGGGAGUGCGUGAAUCGAAGUUAAGCAGAUUGCUGUGCCUAUGUUGAACCUAUUAGUUGUUUUAAGUGACGUGAAGUUUGAAAUUAUUCUGGGUGUAAUAGCAAGUCACUGCAAAUUCUCCA